CUGUCGAGUUCAGCUUUAAGCGCCGCCGCUGAAUUUCCUGCUUGUGUUGAAUCAUGUGCUCCUGCAGCAGCAGCAAUAUGGCGGGACUGACACGCGCUGACAUGCUGAAAUAUCACAGAAGCUCCUGCUGGAUCUGCGCUGUGUUCCUGAUGCUCGCGGCUCGUGUCGUCGCGCAGACGGACGCCAGUAAUGUGCUGACGGUGGCCGACGCGAACUGGACGCUCAUCCUGGACGGCGAGUGGAUGAUCAAAUUUUAUGCUCCGUGGUGUCCGGCCUGCCAACAUUUACACACAGACUGGGAGAGUCUUGGAAGACAAAGUGAAAGUCUGGGUAUAUCAGUGGGCAGAGUCGAUGUUACACAACAACCAGGUCUGAGUGGGAGGUUUCUGGUUACAACACUGCCGACUAUAUUUCACGCUAAAGAUGGCAAUUUCCGCAAAUAUGUUUCAUCACGGACUAUUGAGGAUAUUCAGGCGUAUGUUGAGCAGAAAAAGUGGGCGAUGGUUGAGCCGGUGCCAGGAUGGAAGUCGCCAUCCUCUCUUCUAAUGUCAGGAAUGGCUAAUCUCUUUCGUCUCUCCGUGUGGAUCAGACAAAUCCACACGUACCUGACGAAUACUCUCGGUAUCCCUUCUUGGGGCUCUUAUGUGAUUUUUGCCAUCAUUACGCUCUUUAUGGGACUGAUGCUCGGCCUGAUGCUUGUUUUGAUCGCUGACUGCAUUUGGCCGUCCAGACCAAAGCACAGAGAAAACAAAACAGUUGUGAUAGUGAAAGAGGAAGUCUCAGAGGAAGAGGUGGAGGACAUCCUGACGGAGGAGAAACACGCAUCUGACCUGGACAAUGAGAGCGAGCGAGUGUCUGGUGACGAGUCGACCGAAGAGGAAGGAGCGAUAAGUGACGGAGCCGCCGCUGGCAGUGAUCAGCCUCCGUCAGAGGGGGCAGCAGAGAGUUCAGUGAGGAAACGCAAACCACAGGCGCAGAACACUACUGAGGGAACAUAAAGUCCCUGCAGUUGCCACCAAAAACAAGAGGAAACUGCCAUAUCUGUAGGAUAUACAAAGCAACGCCAACUAUCAGCUGAUUCAUGUAUCAUACAUGCAGAACGUGGUUUGCCCAUUCAGUGCUUUCCUCGCGGUUUACCUGCUUCUCGCUGCGGUUUAAUCCAGUUUAGUUUUUAAGAGUAGUUGCUUAAAUUGAUUGCUGAAAGAUACCAAACAUUGACAGUUUUAUAUUUUCUAUAAAUGCCAAAAAUAUGAAUGUGCAUAAAUAGACUCAUUUUAAAGUUGCAAAAACAACAUGUUUACAAUGUAUUAGGAUGAAUAUUUAAAAAAAAAAAAAAAAGGCUUAUAUUUCAC